GUCGCCAGCUUUCCGGCUCUCGGCUACCGUAGCUUCUGAAUCUCAGUACUGCUUGCCACAGGCUCUAUUCUCCAUGAUACCUAGGUACUGCGAUGAGAUUUAGUUUUCUUUCCGCCCCUUCCUUGCCAGCUGUUAAUUUGCUUUGCUUGCUUUCCAACACCUGUUUCCGAUUCGACACGUCCGACUUUAGCUGGCAGAGAUCAAUCAACCCCUUGCUUUUGAAGAGUCUUCCGUCCAGUUUCUUCCACAUUUCAUCCUCCCCACAUUCCAACUUCGAAACAAGAACUUGCUUAGCAAAGAAGCGCCCUAAACGCAGGCCUAUCUUCAACAUUCUCGCAAGAAACCGCGCCGCGAACGCAACAAGCUUCAUCUCGCAAAGAUGUCGUCUCAGGACAAGGUUGAGCUUCAGGGGGGGUCUGGCCCCGAGUAUGAGUACCCUACCACUGAGAAGGAUGAGCCCGUACCCGUUGUUGGGGAGGGCGAGGAGCAGGGCCUCAUGGGCACUCCGGUGGGUCCCGUCGACACCUCAACGGAGGACGUGACCGGAAAGAAGGAAACGGAAUUGAGCGAUGACGCCAUCGCCCAAGAGGAGGAGAGGGAGCAGCAAGAGGCCGGCACCUUCACUGAGGAUAUGACGAAGAACACAAAGCAGCCUGGAGAGGGAACUGGCCCCGACGAGGAUCCGGACUACGUCCCUGGACAGGAAUAAAUAAUGCAUAGGAGGGUCCAAAUUUUGGCUGUAAAUACGACAGGUGAUAUUUUGUAGUUCUUGGGUGAAACUGUUUUGAUGGUGAGACCGGGCGGUCACUGUAGUAUGAUGGGCAUUGAGCCUUUGUUAAACUAACUUUGUCAAAAUCUGUCAAACUUCAUGAAAUGCAGUAGCGUGUAUGAAUCGGCGUCGUUUCAAAACUUUUUCGAGCGGUUUUUUCCACAUCCUGUUUGAUAUUGUGUGCCAUCUGGCAUGAUCAAGAAAAUUAGGUAGAAGUAUCCUUUGGAUACUACGAAACCACAACUACCGAUCACAUAACUGUAACUACCAUACAUGAGAUGAGGGAAGGGAAGUAUAUUUGGUGAAUCAUACCCACGAUCAAUAGGUAACUUAGGUAAAACCCAUAAAGCCCU